CAUGGUAAACAUCGUCGGAGCUUUGUUCUUCUGCGGGCUUGUCCUUAUCAGUGCAGAAAAACUGAAGGAUGAAGAUGUCCUGCCGGAGUUUCAGCGAUUCUCGCAAUUGAGAUCCUUUGGACUUCAGAUUGCUGGACAUUUACAAGAUGUGGAUGUGAAAGAUUUAAGUGUUGGGGACUCCCGAUUGCCAAGUCAACAGGAUUUACUGUGUCUCAGUGACUUGACUGCUUUGAUAACGGGAUUACAAAGUGGUCAAUAUUGGGCAUUAAAAAUGUUUGAUGCAUGGGGUACCAUACCCUCUGGUUUACUAACCGGCAAUAGCUAUGACUUGGGAAACUUUGACGAGUGCCUUAACAUCCAAAGAGAAACCACCCUGGGCAGGACUAUCCAAGGAAAGUACUGCUUCCUCUCAGUGUCCCUAACCCAAAUGCUGGGACUCAAUAUUCCAUAUCUGGGAACCUUCAAGACGGCCACUUGUCUGCCGGCCUCUUGUGCGGCAUCCCACAUGAACACAUUUGUGGGUCAAAUGAUGAAACAGAUACUGAAUGUCACCAUACCUUCCUCAGCAAUGAGUAUCAGCGAUAGCAGCUGCCAGACAAACGAAAGUGAGCCCUGGGAUGGACUCACCAUUUGUAUGAUAGUGAUCUUAUCGAUAAUGGGUUCACUAGUAGCUUUGUUUACCUUGUGGGACUACUGUCUGGUGAAGAGUCAAGAUCAGCUUCCAGUUCUGGUUAAGGUGUUCUCGGCGAGAGCUAAUUCCCGUGCUCUCUUCCGUGUUGUGGAAAGCAAAUCAAAUCCUAAUGUGAUUGACUGUCUACAUGGAAUCCGCUGUCUCUCUCUCAUUUGGGUGAUCUACUGCCAUCAAUAUGUUAUGGCUCUGCUUUCUGCAAACUUGAAUAUUUUCCAUUUUGUAUCGUGGGAAGAGACAGCCUAUGCCAGCUUCAUUCUACAUGGCUUCUUCUCAGUAGAUUCCUUCUUCGUGCUCGGCGGUUUGUUGGUGGCUAUGAUUCCCUUGCGAUUAAUGGAAAAGAACAAGGGCUCUCUGAACGUACCUCUGAUGUACCUACAUCGGAUAAUCCGCAUUGUUCCCCUCCUGGCAAUGGCCAUUUUAGUCUCUUUGAAACUUAUGCCAAUGAUAGUAGACGGACCACUUUUUGCUGGUGGAUACUCGGGCAAAGUGGGCUGUGAGAAGGAAUGGUAUUUCACUUUGCUCUUUGUAAACAACUACUCCGAGUACUCGUGCAUUGGUCAAUCCUGGUAUUUAUCGGUGGAUAUGCAACUAUUCAUCAUCUCCCCGAUCCUGCUGUACGCUGUCUACAAAUGGGGCAAGAAAGGUGCUGCUUGUAUUUUGGUUCUAAUAGUUUUGCUUUCCGGCUGCCUCUUUGCCACCAUGAUGGUCAACGAAUACUCUUUGCUGUUAAAGAACUUUACUUUGGGUGCCCAGAAGGAUUUGUAUUAUGCUACCCACACACAUGCCACGCCUUGGCUGAUAGGAUUUCUCUUUGGCUACUUCCUGCACAAGACUAGGGGCAAGAAGUUCGAGCUGUGUUCGGUAGCCGUGUGGUCAGGAUGGAUCCUCUGCUUAGCCAUGAUCUUUACCUCGAUCUUUGCCCUCUACCCUUCGGCAAAGUGGACUGGUAAUGACUUGUCCACCUUGGCGGAAGCUUUUUAUUACACUUUCACCAGACUGGGCUGGUCCAUGGCCAUUUGCUGGGUGGUCUUUGCCUGCAUGCAAGGGUAUGGAGGACUGGCCAACAGUUUCCUCUCCUCCCCGCUGUGGCAACCACUCUCUAGGCUGUCUUAUUCCGUGUUUAUUUGGCAUAUGUUCAUCCAGGAGGUGAAUGCCAGAAGUAUGAGAACGAAUUCGUACUUCUCCGAUUACAGAAUUAUGCUCAACUUCUGGUCAACCUUUGGUAUCACCGUGCUUUUUGCCUAUGUAAUGCACUUGCUCAUUGAGGCACCUUUCGGUGGAAUUGACCAUUUCCUGCGACCGCGACAAAAUAGUCCUCCUAUUGUUGAAAAGAAAUCACAGAUAGAUGAAAAGGCACCUGGUAACUUGGAAGAGCUGAAAGUAACAACACCAGUUCCUGUUUCGGAGUAGGUGUUAAAUUUUGUUGAAUUUCAAUUAGUUUUACGUAAAUUAUACGUUAAAUUUAAGUAAAUAAAUGUAUUUUAAGGUUUCAUA